AUGUUCUAUCGGAUGUAUCUCUCAAGCCUCUGUCAACGUCGGCAAUGGUCCGAUCCCGUCUAUGAACCCUACCACACGCGCAGCGGCUACUUCUGCAAGGCCAUCGUCAACAACCGGGAGUAUGUCACAGAUCAUCCGUACGAGACAGAAGAGCUGGCACGGGAUGCAGCAGCGAUGAACGCCUUCAUGAUCUGCCGCAGUUUCUCAUCCAAUGAUGGCUACUAUCCCGGCCAACGACCCGGGCAGCGGUCGGCCAAUGGCGUUGCUCAAGGCGUGCCGGUGCCGAUCGGUAGCGGGAGGAAAGUCAAAGUCAAUCGGAUAUCGGCCAGCAGCUACGACAGCAACGCCUCUGACGAGAGCACGACGAGUGGUGAGACCAGCCCCACGAAGAGCGAGGAAGACGUCUUCGAGGACCAGAUGCGUCAGGCUGCUGGCGGGGCGUUCGAGAACCAACUGCGACAGGCUACGCCGCACAUGCCGAAGCCGGUUGCGAGGCAGCGGAACGAUGUCGAGCAUCAGUACAUCUAUCGCAUUGCAUUACCAGUAGCUAGAUCGCAGCUACCGGCAAAAACACAACUAACAGCAACAAAUUCUCAGCCUGUUCCAAAAUGCAUGGCACUAUCGAGCAAUGGUUCCGAAUGCCCACGAGUGCCCACUCACCACAGCUACAAGAACUGUUCGAAGCACCACGGAGAGAAACAAGGGCUCCACAAACGAUACAAAGCACGGCAAGCAAGCUAUGAGGCCAUCCACACCGACGAUAACACAACGGCCACGGAUGAUCUGAGACGCAAGCUGGAAUUUGGUCGUGAAGUACUGGAGCUCCGGGAUGAGACCAACCGCCGAUUUUACAAUACUGAAGCAACGAAUCGUGGCCAUAUCAGAUGGAUUCUGAAGUUGAAGCACGAACUACAGACCUUGGAAAAUAAGAUCAAAACGGCAGAGCCCACUCUAGAAGCGAGAGAAGAAGCUCCGAGUGUCUACCGCUCUCUCUUGGAUCCCAAAGUGCCUGAGUCGGAACUUGCGCAUCUGCCGCAAGAUAGUCCUGUGCGGGUCCUGAGGACAGAAAGAAAGAAGUUUAGAGAUGCGAUGAUCUCGCGGAUCUACGAGCUGUAUCCGUCACUGAACGACUCACAGAACACCGUCGCAGACCCGGAUACUGGGUCAAAGCGACAACCGGGCACAGGAGACUUUGUCAUCCGCUACGUCUUUCGAGAGUAUCUGCUGUUCCGGGCUGACAGCGACGUCCUCUAUCUGGCAAGCAAAGUCAACGGCAUCGAUGAAUUUCUCAGAGACUACUCUUGCGGUGACUUGCACGAGUAUAUCAAGUUUUGGGAGAGGCGUGGUGAGAAAGAUACUCUAUGGCUUCUACGUGACGCUAUUUGCGACUACUUAUUACCUCCAGACGCUUCCUCGAUAUUGGGAAAGCCGGUGGCGACUGACGACGAGCAGAGAACGAUGACACGUGAAGCAUGGGACAUCCUCUGGGUGUGCUUCUCUGAUCUGUGCCACUGGUCCAGCUUUGAACUAUUUUGCGGAAACUUCGCCGACUGCUGCCUUGUUAAGAAGCUCAUAGCUUUGGGCAGAUUUGGGCAAGGAGAGCAAGGUCUAUUAAAUGCCGGAGACGACAUCUCGCAGAAGUGUCAGCUUGCAGUUCUACAAGGCUUUAUCGCCAUCGCGAAGCGCCAGUCGGAUCCUGGCGAGCCCACCAUAUUAAUUCUGGAUGAGGUCAAGCACGACAUUCAAGCCCGCUGCUACGUCGUUGGAAGGAUGGCGAAAGAUCUUCCUCUCGCAGACAAGCUCAUCCAAGCACUGCUCAGGCGGGUUGCGAGAUACAUCGUCGUUGUCUGCAAUGGUACAAAACCUUAUAGCUUCCAGUCAAGCGAACCCGUUCACGCCAAUGCGCCGGAGGAAGAUGCAUGGGUCAGGAAGAUCAGGCCUGUAUCCGAUAGAACAGAGGGCGACACAGCGGAGUGGAAGAUAGACUGGACUAUCGAAGGUAUCCGGAGUGAUAUGAGAACAAUCACCAAUAUACGCGAUCGAAACAUGCGCUACGACUGGUUCGAGAUCAUCAUCAUCGACCGCACGCCCAAUCGCCCUUUCACGCUCCUCGACGAGGUGGCAAGGUUGCUCCUCGAACUUUCAGGAAGUUCAUUCGAAGAGAUCGUUAACAGCAUAGUCACUGAGCACUAUCCAGAGGACGAACAGCAGCAGGUUCUUUCCGCAAUCACCUUUCCAGACCGGGGUUCCGUACUCACGGUUUCAGCCUUACACUAUGAAGGCUCAAGGAUCAGGGCAUGGGAUGAUGCCAAUGAUACACGACUACGAAGAAUCGUCGACAACAUGGAAGCCAACGGAAUCGUCUCAGCUAUCACAGAGUUCGAACAGCCGCAAGCCCGUCCCGUCGUACUGCCAGGAGCAGAUGGAUUAGCGGACCUCUACUUCGACUAUGACCACGGUCCCAUCGACCAAGCCGCUCUGCAACGAUCAGUCGUGAUGGCUGCAGAUGUACCACAAUCCAGCCAUGCCCUACUCGACUUCGCCAUCAGGCAACAUGCCAAAGCUCCCAACUGCAUCUUCACCCGCGGCAGGAUCCACCUCCAUUACUGCGCCUGGCCAAUGCCGGCCUUGCCACGCCACGACCUUCUCCCGAACUUCUGUACUGUUGUAGGUCGCAUGUACCGCUGGAAAUACCUACCUUUCGACUGGCCGCUGGUUUCUCAUUGCUGGCAAUACAUGUUGCAUAACGAGAUGGGUAGGCGCUUUCCCUUUGUGUGCUUCUUCCGAACAACUUUCGUCAUGUAUGCUGCGGAUGUGGUAGAAGCGGAGAGGAAUACGGCAGCUAUGCUUGAGGUUGCGAAGAAGCAUGGCUGGAAGUUGUCGAUCCCGCCUCCGGAGAGUUGGACUAGCGAUAUCAGUGAACUCGGUCUCGAUAGGUUGUGGGAAGGCAUUAUGCCGCGGUGA